AUGAUCAAAUCUUCUCUCACGCCUAAAGUUGAAAAGAAGCUAAAUAGAAGGUGUGAUUUGGCGGCUACUUUUGAUGUUCAGGCUAUAAAUCAACAUGAGUUUCAGGUUACUGAUGGGUCAAGAAAUUACUUGGUUGAUCUUCAACAAAUGACUUGCACAUGUAAUGUGUUUAAUGUUGACAAGAUCCCUUGUACGCAUGCUGCUAAGGCUGCAACAAGUCGAGGCCUUAACCCUGGGUUAUUUGUGGAUCAGAACUACUCAAAGUCACACUUGUGCUCGGCAUAUUCAGAGAGUAUAAAACCCAUCGAUGAGUUGUUGGAUGUGAGCGAAAUACCUUCUCAUAUUGUUGCUUAUAAAUGCUUUCCUCCAGAUGUUAAAAGAGGUGCUGGAAGACCUGUGAAAGGAAGAUAUGAAAGCUUUGGAGAACAAGCAACAGCUGGGAAAAAACGAAAACAAGCUUGCUCAAGAUGUCAUCGUUCAGGACAUAAUCGUGCCAGAUGCGACUUUGGUACUUGA